AUGGAGCACAAUUACAAUGUGGCGCUUGUAUUCGGCGCAAGUGGUAUCUCCGGAUGGGCAAUGACCAAGAACUUGCUCUCAUAUCCCACGGCCAACACUUUUCGUCGCAUAAUUGCUCUCACAAACCGUCCCAGAUCCCUAGCGGAAAAUGGACUACCCCAGGACCGAAGACUAGAGCUGUACUCUGGCAUUGAUUUGCGCGGAAGCCUCGAAGAAGUCAUUGAGAGGAUGAAGGGAAAGAUCCCAGGUCUCAGCGAGGUCACUCACAUGUACUACUGCGCAUCUUCUAAUGCCACGUCGUUUACCGAGACUAUCUUGAACGCCAGAGAAAUAAACAUAGCAAUGACUCACAACGCCGUUCAUGCUACGGAUCGGUUGUGCUCGGAUCUCAAGUUUGUGGUCCACCAGACCGGAACAAAUUAUUAUGGUGUUGCAGUCUUCGAGCAUCUCGACAAAUUUCAAAUCAAUCCACCCCUGAAAGAAGACAACCCACGUGUCCCAGCUCCGUACGGUGACGAGGUAUUCUACUACGCCCAGGUAGAUCUAAUCCGGGAAGCAGCAAAGGGCAAACAAUGGGGUUGGUGUGAGGUCCGACCAGAUAUGAUCGUCGGUUUCGUGCCCACUGAGACCGCAAUGAACUUGCUCGAGCCGGUAGCAUUGUAUCUUUCGUUGUACCGAUUCAUCCACGGACCCGGGGCGACGGUCCCCUUCCCCGGAUCACCCAAGAGUUUCAUCUACACGCAUACCGACACGUCCCAGGACAUAUUGACCAAAGCAGAGAUAUACCUCUCCGUUGUCAAACCCACCGAAGCGAACGGAGAGGCAUUCAACAUCGCGGAUACAGCGACCCCGGGCCCAUGGUCUGUAAAGUGGCCGAUGCUGGCGGAGUGUUUCGGGCUCAUGGGAACAGCUCCCAUUGUCGAUGGUUGGGGAGGAAUUGAUCAAUGGUGGAACGAGCACCAUGAAGAUUACCAAAGGAUGUGUGAGACAUACGGACUCCAGCGACGUGCGGUUUCGGAAUCUGCCUGGGUUUUUUCCAAGGUGUCGUUGACGAUGCUGAAUCGCAAUCGGGAGCUGAGCCUUGAUAAGAUUCGGAGUAUCGGCUUCACGGAGGAGCUUCCGGUUGGUCAAGGUCAUUAUGUGACACUCGACCGUAUGGUGGAUGAACGCAUCCUGCCCCCUAAAUCUCGGUUUUGGCAGAUAGUCAUGGGUAACCGAUAUGCUAUCGAUUGGCUUUAG